CACACCAAAUGGAUGCACACCAAGACUGAACAUGCUCCACUUGCAAAACGGAGUGUAUCGAACCAUUGGCAGGAUGAUGUCUACAAUAAUAGUGCAAGGGGGUGAAACACCUGCAUUCCUGUCUCCAAGUGUAGUGGACUACAUUGUGUUUGGGGACAUCCUUCAAGUUCAUGUGUCACCUGAUGAUAUAGGUGACCCUGAUUUAAGGGAGAACCUCAAUAAGGUUCAAGAUGCAACCUUGCAGGAUGAUUUGGAGAAGGCAGUCAGCUGUUGUGACUCAUGGCGAUAUCAAGUAGAGGGGCUUCCACUCGUAGUCACCAUGGCCAACAGAGAUGUGUUUGUGAAAAAUGCAGUUUUAUACCAUACUGUUGUGCAACGGCAGAGCUGUCUUGAUCAACUCAUUGAUGGCUUGUCCCACUAUGGAGUUUUAUCACUCCUGAGAGAGAACCCCAGCUUGCGUGUGCUACUUGACAUACCAGCAGAGGACAAAUGUCAAGAAGCUGAUUAUGUAGCUGGUAUUCUCAAACCAAGCUACUCCGUACUGGGGAGCAACAGAAGAGCUAAGGAGGAGUUGAUAGUGAUCAAAUUUAGGGAGUUUCUCCAAUGUGUUGAAAAUAAAGAGCUGAGAGACACAUAUGGGGACAGGACUCUAACCAGCAGUGAGGAGGCAUUCCUGAAGACUUUGAGACCUGGUCACAUCCUGGCAUUUGCUACAGGGAGCAGCAAAGUCCCAGCCAUUGGCUUUCAUCCAUCUCCUAAAUUAAUGUUUAUUCAUGAUGAAAAAAAACAUCUUCCCAUUGCGCACACUUGUGCAAAUGAGCUUCACCUUUUUGUAAACACAAAAACAAUGGCUGAUGAUGAUGAAUUUAACUACUGCUUCCUAGUAGCACUAAUGAAUGGAUCUUUAUUCAGCACCAUUUAAACAAACAGUUAAUUUGUUAAAGAACCCCUGCAGUGUAAUACACCGUUUAGUGCAGGGCUCCACAUGUUUGUUCAUAAAGGACAUAGUUUGUCCAUGUUAUAAAGCAAUGGUUUUAAUUGCAGUACACAAGAAAUCUAAAAAAUAAAUACUUAAGCUUGUGUUGUUCCAUCUUGCUCCACACUUCGCCCUGUUUUCUUACAAUUUUUUUUUACCUCUGUGAGGACUAUCUGACCCUUUUUUAUACUGUAAGAUUUUGUACUGUAUGAUUGGAAAGAUAUGGAAUCAAUCAUCGCAGUAAUAAUAAAUUUCAAAUGCAGUUUCUUUAA